AUGAAUGCUGAUACGCUGAGGAGAAAGGCCAGAACGUCCCUCAAGACUACCUCUGUGGCCUUGGCCUCCUCAGACCAGCAGUAUGAGGACCACCAGCACACAGGCGAGCCGGCCAUUGUCGAGCCCAAGACCCCCCGGGGCUUCUCGAGGGCCCUCCGGUCACUGAGUAGCUCAUCUCUCGACUCGCUCAGCGCCGGGGUGCCGCGACGGUCGACAUCUUCCCGCAGGCUGCAAAAGACACACUCGAGCUCCGGCACUAUGCUGGAGCGCUUGCACCUCCGUGCCUCGUCACGCGACUCAUCCAGCAACCUCACCGCCGCCGACCUGGACUCGCCCGGCAGUCCUAUCGACCAACCCUUCUAUACUAUGGAGGUCGUGCGCAACGGCCACCUCAAGGCGGAUGUAUCCUUGCUCAAGGCCCGUUCCGAGUACCUCGUCCUCACCGACCAGUGCCUGGUCAAGUGUGGGAGCGUCGAGGCCGCCAGGACCAUCUUUCCGCAGUUGGCCCCGUCUCCCGAUGUCCAGCCUCCGCCCCGCCGGACGAGCUCCUACGGCAGCCUGAGCAGCAAGUCGGCCGCGUCCGAGAUCCGAUUCGAGGUCCCUCUGCGAUCCAUCGUCGCCAUCUUUAACGAUGACGAGGCCGGCGGGGCUGUCCCGGGAAUCGACCUCUGGUGGUUUUCCCAGACCCCGAGGCUGGCGUACUGUCGAACACACCUUCUCUUUUCCCUGGCCCAGGAGCGCGACGAGUGGCUCUCCGCCAUCCACAAAAUGUGCCGCGUUAAGCUACGCAAGUCGCCCGUUGGCUCCCUGACUCCCGAGAAUCUGCGCGUGCGCGUCGAUCAUAUUGUCGCCCACCACGAGAGCGCACCCUUCGACGGCGCUCCCGCCAACGUCAUCUUCCCCGUAGCCAAGAGGGCUGUAGGGUCCGGGGCAGCCGAUGAGGCCCAUAACGUCACCGAUGGCUCAUCCUAUUACUUGGCCAUUGGCCCCUGCAUGUGCUACCUGAUCGAGGUGCUCAAGGCCGACUUUGCCACGCCCCCGGGCGAUCUGCGUAUCAAGUUCAACCAUUUUGGUACCGUGACACUGACCAAGUUCACGGCGUCCGUAGCCGCUCACGAGCAUAGGUUCACCCUAAGCUUCCGGUCGCCCUUUGGCCGCACUACCCGCCUCGACCUCGCGAGCCUCCACUAUCGUCGCAUCAUCGAGGCCUUUAGCCGCGCCGACCGCCUGGUGAAGCCCAUGUGGCCCCAACAGUUGCAGCAGUCCGUGUUCGAGAUCAAGGGUCUGCCAGCGCCGCUGCAGCUCACGGCCGGAUGCGACUUGGGUGGGAUAGGACGGUCUCUCCAGGCUCACUGCGCCGCAUAUCACGUCGAUGUGCCCCUAUGGACUGUGGACUGGCAUGCCUCGUACCAGCCUGAGUUCCGCCUCCUGCCGCUCCUUGUCGACGACACCGCCUCCAUAUCGUCUUCAUCGUCCUCUUCGACAGUAGCCGUCCCUUACUCGUCCAUGCAGCUCAUGGCCGUCUUUCGCGCCCUUCGUUUCAACAACUUCUUCAGAGCAAUCUCUUUUCGCGAUGUUGAUCUGUCCGCCCUGGCUGGCAAGAGGGAUAACUCCCCCUACGGAGAAGGGGUCGUAUACUCUUCGCUCAACGGGUGUAAGAUCUCUCAGGAUCACUGCGGGGACCUUCUCGAGGCCCCCGUGCUUUCGCAAGAGAUUCACGCCUUGGCUUUCGCCUCUGAGUCAGUCAGGAGCAUAGACCUAGGCAACUGUCUGGGUCUGUCAAUCAGGCGCUCCGCCCAGGCUAGGCGGUCAGUCGAUUCUUCUGGUCAUAGGAGGACCAGCUCCGAGUUGCUCAGUCCCAUCAUGAUGCUUGCCAGAGCCGGUCUCUGCAUGUGUCGAAACCUCGUCAUGUCGGGGAACCCACUACUUCUCAGCGACGUCGACGAACUUGCGAACAUCAUGACUCUUGAUCAUGUCCGGUUCAAGAAGAUUGAGUUUGCCAGCUGCAGCCUCGGGGAUGCGGGGCUGAAUAAGCUCUGGUGUGGCCUCUCGGGGCAAGCACGCUCCCUGCAGGUGAUCAAUACUUCUGACAACCAGGGUGUUGUAUGGUUCGAUACUCUCCGCAACACCCUGAGCCAGCUACGUAAUGUUACGAAGCUUAUGAUUGCUGGGAACACUCGUCUUCAUCCGGAUGCGUCGCUCUUUGACGAAGCUAUUUAUAGCUGGGCGCUAUCGGAACUGGACCUCUCUGGGAUAGUGCUCAACGAGGCAACGGUCGACGUCUUGGCAGGAUACCUCGAGACGCCCCAGUCGCAGGACCUUCAGAUGCUGCGUGUCGACAGCUGCGGCCUCACGGGCAGGCAGAUGGCCAAGCUGUUCCGAGCCAUGGGCCGGACGAGGGAGAUGACGGUGCACGCCAAUGCCAGCCGGCUAGACGAGGGAAUCGACGAGCUGUGCCAGGUUCUUGCGGCCGGGUACGGGCCGUGGAGCCUGUUCAUCCAGAUGGUCGAGUUUAGCCACGAGUCGAGCUACGUCAAGCUAUGGGAGGCUCUAACGUUUAACACGUCCAUCGAGUGUUUGUCCCUGGCCGGUUCAUCGAUCCCCGACGAAGCGAGUACGGCCGCCUGCAAGACGGUGGCCAACUUCUUUGCCAAGAACGACACCGUUCGCUUCCUCGAUAUCUCAGGGUACAACGCUAAGCUGGAUGAGGGCAGGCUGGGCAAGAACUUCUCCAGCGCACUCAGCGGCAUGCGCCACAACUCGCGCAUCGAGCACUUGCGCGUGCGCAGCCAGAUGCUCAACGUCAACAUUGGCGACUUGGCCGAGGCCAUCUCGGCCAACAAGACCCUGCACACGCUUGACUGCGAGGACAACGGUUUUAACCUGUCCAACUUCCGCCACCUCAUCAAGCACCUCGGUGACAACACCACCAUCUGCCACUUCUCGGCCUUCACUCCCGCCGAACUGGAACGCUCUGUCCGCAAGUCUGCCUACACCCCUGGUACCAUGGCCGCGCCUCCCACACGCCGCGCGUCCAUCGUGUCCCGCUUCCGUCAGGAAAGGCCUCAGAGUAGUAGCGACAAGGCCCUCGUCCAGCACCUCAAGGAUGAGUGGGACGCCGCGGUCGAGCAUCUCAGGCUCAUCCUCGAGCGCAACCAGAGGCUUGUGGACGAACCAGCGGUCGACAUGCCGCCGACCCUGCCGCCGCCCGAGCACGCCGCGCCGCUGGGCGCGGAACAGAUACUAGACGCUGGCGAGGAUGCCAUCUUCUCCCAAUCCUUUGGAGGUCUUGCAUUUAGACAGCUGGAGGCGCGCCAGGCUAAGAAUCCAGCAGCUAUCGUCAAUACCGGCGGCGAAGCCGGCUCUUUCGUCGGACCACUACCCGCAAGGAAGCCCAGCACUGCGGGGUCGGUGACUAGCAUCUCAGAGCUCCAAGCGCUGGUCGGCCGUCUGGAUCUGCGUAUCAGGCGGUCCUCCUCCACGGCCUCGAGCGAUGUCGCAGCCAUCAGUCCCACGAGCAGCAUCAGCCCCACCAGGACGCCGCCAGGUGACACGACGACCCACAAGGAAGAAGGAGAAGAGGAAGACGAUUCUCCCAAGUCCAGAACACUGUCGCUCAGGAACCCCGAUGGCGGAUCCUUUGACUACUCUGCCGACGGGAACUAUACUUUCUCCAACAAUGCCUCUGACGGUCCUCUUCCACCGGUGGGAACUGUUGCAGGGGAUCUGGGAAUUCAGAUGAAGGCGUUUCGUCGGACGUGGGGUGACUCUGUGAGUCGUAUCGAUGAAGAGGAUGAUGCUACUUGCGCGGCCUAA